GCUGGGGAAUAAAAACUGCAGCAAGUGACUGGAGGAUACAGAGAAAGGGGGAAACAGAGAAGAUGGAUGUACAAACGGAGAACAUGGACCCCCCGCCUUGUGAAUCCCAGCCGAGUGGAAAAAUCAGAAAAGGAUUCAAGCUGUUUGGUAAACGCAAGCCAGGUAACAUCUUUUCUAUUCGAAGCAAAGGGGAUGGAAACAACAAGUCACCUGUUAAGAGCAAAACCCUAGAUGGAUUAUCGGAGAGCGCUGCACCAGAUUUGGAGCAGGAGUCAGAGAAGGAAAAGGCACAGGAGGUGAGUCAAGGAGAUAGGGAGCAGGCAGAGGAGGAGCCGCUUGGUGAAGAUGGCGUUCUGGCUGCUGCCCCUGCUCGCACCUCCAUUUCUUCAGCUAGUUCAGCCAAGUCCCUCAGCUUCCUGUCAUUGCUGAGGGGUGGCCGGAGAGGAGUGGGGGACCGCCGAGUCCACACCGUGUCCCAGCCAGUGGGUCGGCAACGUCGUGGGCUGAAGGGUCUCUUUGGCAAUGUUAAGUUCCGCUCAAAGGAUAAAGAGGACAAGGAGGAAGCACCUCCGAGCCCACUUCUCAUGUCGUCCCGCGCCAACAGUGUGGAGAUCAUCAAGGAGGACCUCACCCUCACCCCCAAAUCCCAGCCUAGAUCUCCGGACAGCUCCGAGAAUGAGAGCUGUACGCCCGUCAAGAGCUUCACCACACAGGACAGUGCAGCCACGUCCCCGUCAAAGACCAUAACUCCCCAGGUGACAGCAGGCAAUGUGAGUAGAACUAAUGAACAUUUGCCACUUUUGCCCACCCCUGAACCACCCUUGAUACCCGGUGAUAACAGCCUGAGCUCCUUGCUGGCAGACAUCUCCUCUCUCCUGACCUUUGACUCAAUCUCAGGGGGUGGAGACAUUAUGGCUGAUGUGGAGGCAGAGUGGGGAAAAGCCAGCAGUGCCAUCAGUGCUGGGGUGAGUGAAGUCUCGCCAUCACCCACAUCUCUCUUCCCCAAACCCACCAUCUCCUCUCCGCUGACUACUACUUUUGUCAGCACUACAGCUACAGCAAAACCCCCCACAACAGCAUCGACCCGAUCCUUUACUUCUCUGACAAAGACAGCUCCAACCUCUUCUCCCAUUGCCAAGCCGAGCACCAUCAUCACGACACUGACCAAAUCUUCCACUUUGACAACUCACUCAGUGAAAUUGAGCUCAGACUCUACUGCAGCCUCUGCCAGCACUAAAAUUAAAUCAGCUCCUACGCCCACACAACUUUCAACUACCCCUGUAACGUUAGCAAGCCUUUCAGUUCCAAUAAUGUCUUCCUCUUCGACAAUUAAAUCCACAACAAGCUCCACCUCUGCUACCACCACAGCUCCCCCGAACACGCCAGCCACUGUAGUAAAGGCUCCCUCGAUUACUCCAACUCUUACCUCGACAGCUAGCAAAUUGGCAUCAGAGAUUGCAGCACCUCCUCCAGUUAUCGCUUCAGUAAGUAGACCUAGCCCUGUCGCCGCUCCACCUCCUGUGUCAGCUAAACCUCCACCGCUAACGCGUGGCCCUCCCACCCCUGUUGCUUUUACCCAACCUCCACCUACUAAAUUGGAUUCAGCUACCAGUUUGAACCUGCAAACUUCCACUACCUACAAACCUUCCCUAAGUUCAGCUGCUGGAGAAUCCAAAACCCCAGUGACAGUACCAUCGGCCUGUGCUGUUACAACCAAACCCUCCUUUACUGCACCAGUUAUCCCUUCCAAGAUAACAGCGGUUCCCACAACUACAACUCCCUCAACUACAACCUCUGGGUCAGUAUCUGUGGCCCUCUCUAAGCCUACAGUCACCCCUAGCCCAGUGGACUUAAAUAAGACCCCUUCUUCCUCUGUUACUGGUCCAGAUCUUUGUCCAUCUUCUACCCCCAGUGCGACAAUUAAAACUCAACCGAGCCCUGCAUCUGUCCCAACUCCAUCAUCAGUUCCUUUAGAUAAGAUUCCUCCCACAACUAAACCCACUCCUCCUCCAGUCUCUUUAAGAUUAGAUAAGAAGCCCCCUGCUCCCACACCAACUCAAGCCCCUACCUCUCAUGCUGUUUCUACAGCAUCCCCACUACCUCCUGCUCUGGGUCAGAUCCCAGUGUCUCAAUCUAAAGCUCCCCCUGCCCCUACUCAAAUACCAAUUUCUGUGUCUAAAGAUCCCCCUGCUCCUGCUCAGAUUCAGGUUUCUGUAUCUAAAGUUCCUCCGGCGGCCACUCACAUCCCAGUUUCUGUAUCUAAAGUUCCUCCAGAGCCCGCUCAGAUCCCAGUUUCUGUAUCUAAAGUUCCUCCGGAGCCAGCUCAGAUCCCAGUUUCUGUACCUAAAGUUUCUCCGGAGCCUGCUGAGAUCCUAGUUUCUGUAUCUAAAGUUCCUCCUGCGCCAGCUCAGAUCCCAGUUUCUGUAUCUAAGGGCUCUCCGGUGCCAGCUCAGAUCCCAGUUUCUGUAUCCAAAGUUCCUCCGGAGCCAGCUCAGAUCCCAGUUUCUGUAUCUAAGGGCCCUCUGGCGCCAGCUCAGAUCCCAGUUUCUGUAUCUAAAGUUCCUCCGGCGCCUGCUGAGGUCCCAGUUUCUGUACCUAAAGUUCCUCCGGCGCCAGCUCAGAUCCCAGUUUCUCUAUCUAAAGUUCCUCUGGCGCCUGCUGAGGUCCCAGUUUCUGUACCUAAAGUUCCUCCGGAGCCUGCGGAGAUCCCAGUUUCUCUAUCUAAAGUUCCUCUGGCGCCAGGUCAGAUCCCAGUUUCUGUAUCUAAAGUUCCUCCUGCGCCUGCUGAGAUCUCAGUUUCUGUAUCUAAAGUUCCUCCAGGGCCAGCUCAGAUCCCAGUUUCUGUAUCUAAAGUUCCUCCGGAGCCUGCUGAGAUCCCAGUUUCUGUAUCUAAAGUUCCUCCGGCACCAGCUCAGAUCCCAGUUUCUGUAUCUAAAGAUCCUCCUGCCCCUGCUCAAAUCUCAGUUUCUGUAUCUAAAGCUCCUCCAGCACCCACCCCUGCUCCUGCUCCUUGCCCUGUCACUUCUCUUCCUCCUGCCCCUGCACCGAGUGAAGCCCCAGCCUCUGUUAAGAUGAGAGGGAGUGGACAGGCAUCAGUGGAUUGGCAACUGGCUAGUCCAAGUAGCGCAGUUGCCCACGGGGCCCAGACUGGGCCGUCCAAAACAGAAGAACUGAACAGUGAGUCACAAACAAGUCUCCAGGGCCCCUCCAGAGAAAGGAGGACACCACCAGUUAAGGCAUCAGGGCUUAGCAAAAUACCCGUAGUUGGAGGGGGCAGAGUAGGCAAGCUACCUGUUCGGGACAGCCAACAUGUUGAUGAUGAAGCGAGCAGAAACCCACCUACCCCUGUGUUAGAAGAAGAGAGGCCCCAUUUCAACUCACAUGAUGCAGGGAGCAAAGAUAAAGUCAGUAAUGUCGAGUUCAAUGUGCCCACCUUAAAACACACCCAGGAGGAGAGUCAUCAGCCUCCUCAGCCGAAAGUCCUCACCAGUUUACCGCGUGACUCAAAGAUCCCUGUGAAGCACGGCGCACAGUCUCACACUGCCUCCCAAAUCCCUCAAGCUAAAGAACCCCCCCGCACCAAGAUACCUGUGUCCAAGGUUCCUGUCCGCAGGGUUGGUAACAAACCUGCAGUUGCCGGAGGCAGCACCCAGAUAAGAAAAUGAGAGAAUGGACUGGAUCAAGGAUACAGAUUAUGGCUUUGACUGCAACCAUUGUCCAAUAUAACUACAUGACCACCCUUUUUUAAUUUAUAUUUCUAUACUGUAAUUCUUGGCUUGUCUCUCUGUCAUCUCUUGGCUUCACUACACCAUAAGCAGCAGUAACAGAGUCAAGGAGGCUGACAGCACUCAAGCACAAAACAUCUCCACAGGGAGCUGAAGCAACAAGCCUGGCUCUUUGGUGCUGAGCCAACUGGACAUGCACUCAGGAAAGGUUCGGGGUCACACCUGAACACACAGCAGCAUCGGUAACUAAGGAUAAGCAAAAUAAAAAGGUCUUCUGGGAACACAGUCACACACACAACAUGGGCGAGUGCCUUUCUAAGGGUGCUUUUGCAACAGACUUUCAGAAUUUAUUCAGUCUUUUCUACAGUACUUUUAACUUUUGUUACUCCCACUUUUUGUAGGAACCGUCAAAUCUUUUUUGUCUUUUCUUUCCAGAAAGUCUCUUUGAUAACAACCAGGCCCUUUACCUUUUAUUUGUGUCAGGAGAACAACAGCAGGAGCUCUAUAAAUAAAUGCAACAACCAAAUUUACAUUCCACACCUAUCUCUGGAUGUAUGUAGCAGAAAACGUGCCAUUAAUUUUUGCACAAGAUGUUGAACUGUACAGCGCCUGUGUCUGCCUGCUCAUAUGUAACUUGAUCAGAUCUCACUGUGAACUAAUGGAGAGACUGUGGUUUGAAGGAGGAGGGGUGGAAACAACUCCUUCCAUUGAAAUGGACAGGCAACAGCAGCCAUUAUGAAUGGCACUGUGGACGUUUGAACAAGACAGGGAGGAUGCUGAGAUGAGAUCUCCAGCUCGUACACUGGCACAUCCUUAUCCUUAUCCCACUUAUACUGUAAGAUGAG